UGCAUCUGACCGCUUUAAAAACCCUCCUGACCAUCCGAUUCAGCACGUUUUCCAGUCGAUGGUCGAGAUGAUGACAGCUCGGGUGUGCUGCUCGUUGAUUGCUGUUUUGUUGUGUCUCUUUGUAUACUUGAGCACAACGGACGCCAAAGAAUAUGUCACAGGAAGCAGACUAGAGGCACUGCCAAAAAAAGCAAAGCCAGGAGUAUGUCCUAUAUUCAAUCUUGAUGGAACAGUGUUAAAACCAUGUUUGAAGUUGUGUUUCCUUGACCGUAACUGUCCGGAUGAUGAGAAAUGCUGCAGCAAUGGAUGUGGACGACAGUGUAUGCCUCCAUAUAAAGAAAAGCCGGGAGUGUGUCCAAAAAUAUAUCCUGAAGAUGACAUGUUAGGAGAUUGUGCUGAGUUGUGUUCCAAAAACGUACAAAUACCGUAUGAUGAGAAAUGCUGCAGCAAUGGAUGUGGAUAUCAGUGUAUGCCUCCAUAUAAAGAAAAGCCAGGAGUGUGUCCAAAAAUCCAAAUAUUAGGGGUGUGUGAGGAGUUGUGUUCCCAAGACGGUGACUGUCUGAAUGAUGAGAAAUGCUGCAGCAAUGGAUGUGGACAUCAGUGUAUGGCUCCAUCUAAAGUUAAACCAGGAGUGUGUCCAAGGAAAGCACUUGGAAUAGGAUUACACCAU